AAACUAAAAGUAGCUGUGAUAGUGACGAGUUCCAAACUGCAUUAAGAUGAAGUGGAUAGUGUUAACAGUUGUUGUACUUCUUGCUUUGGCCAAUGCAGAUGAAGUUUCCGAAAAGAGAGCAGUUCUUAGAAGGACCACCAGACAAGCCCUAGGAUCCAUGGGAGGUUCAUUUUUAGCACAAACUGAGAGGAAUAUUAUAAACAAUUGUAAGAAAAAUGGACUAUCCUCUUCAGGUGCCGACGAUUUGCAGGUUACUUAUAGUAAAAUGAAGAGUUGUAUGUCCAACACCAAAAUUUUUGAAACUCCUAAAAAUGAAUUUAUUAGCAAAAUGGUUGAGUGCAGUCGGGCCGCAAUUAAAGACACUAAAGAUUGUUUGGCUAAUGACCAAAAAUAUUUCCCAGAAUUCGUAUUGGAUCUUGCAAAAUCGAUGGUUAAUUAUAUGUACGACGACAAAGAUCUAUUUAAAGAUUCAGAAAUUGUUGGUUGCAUAAAUAACUUGGGUAGGUACACAGUACAAAUUGAGUAUAUUAAAUGCUUAACCACUGUGUCCCAAAGAACCGGAGACGAUGAAAAUAUUCCUACUUCCAGACAAGAAUUCUGCAGAAAAUUCAUACCAGCCACUGAAUGUUUCCCAGACACACUUAAACAUAACUGUGCAAGUACUACAAAGAUCAACAAGUUCUUCGACGACUACAGUAAUGCUAUCGCGUCUCCAUGUCAAGGGUCAUCUAUAGGUGUUAAAGAAUCUAACUAUCUUUAAAUCCGAUCGAAAAUCCUGUAAAGAUUAUUGU